AUGAGUUAUAAAAACCAUUCGAAUUUAGUUUACAAAUUACAAGCUAUAGAGAGAGAGAAAUCAAGAGUUGAAGAUAGACUUGAAAAAUUACACGAUGAUAAAAAUAAUUCAUACCAACAACAACAACACUCUGGCUCAAAAAGAGGGAGAAAUAAUAAUAAUGAUAAUAGAAUUCAAAAUAAUAAUAACAAUAACAAUAAUAAUAAUAAUGAUAGAGCUAGAAAAAGACAACAAAUUGAAAGUGGAGAAAUUAUAUCAGGUGGUGAAACAACAACUACUACAACAACCUCAACUUCAACUUCAACAAAUGAUAAACCCAAACCAAUUUUAAAUCAAGAACAACAAAAAAGAGGUAGAAUGUUUGUUGGUUUAUUAAAUAGAACAUUACAAGAUUUUCAAAAAGAUAUUACAAAAAAAACACAAUCUGAUAAAAAGAGAGAACAAAUUGAACAAAAAGUUGAAAAUACAAUUAAUCAAGAGGAACAAGAAAGAAUUGAAAAAGAGAAAUUAAAAAAACAACAACAACUUGAAAAAGAAAAGAAAAUUCAUGAUGAAUUAAUUAGAAAACAAGAAGAACUAGAGGAUAAAAUAUUACAAGAGACUUGGUCACUUCAUAACAAAGUUUUAUCCAAUUUCAAAUAUAAAACUUUAAAAUCCAAUCCUCAAAUUUAUUUUUCACUUUCACCAUUAGCCGAUAAACAUGGUUUCACUCUAAAGAAUUACUUUAAAAAUGAUACUGACAUCUCAAUGAAUCAUUAUGAUAAUGAUACCAAUAAUAACAAUACUUUUAGCAGAAAAAAUAAACCUGUCUCUGAGAAACCUGAAAAAAGAAGACGAAAACAACAUGAAGAUGAUGAUGAUGAUGAUGAUGAUGAUAAUGAUAAUGAUGAUUUUGAUGAAAAUGAAGAUAAUAAUAAUAAUAAUAACAACAAUAAUAGAAAUGAUAUUAAUAAUAAUAAAAAUAAUCAGGGUGAAAAAAAAGAACAAAUUUUUGAAGAGAUGAAUAAUAAUAAUGAUGAUAAAAACAAAAGUGAUGGUAGUGGUGAUAGCAGUGGCAUUACAACUCCACCCCCCGAUGAAAUAAAACCAACUGUAAUUGAAAAAGAUGAAAAAUUAGACAUUAAUGAAAAAACUGUGUAA